AUGCAUAAUUUUAGCACAGUCAGGACACCAUUUAGAUAUGGUCCUUACACCACGGAUCUGUUCUUCUUCUACAAUUGCACCUUGCCUUACGACAAAGAGACAUAUGAAGUCGAUUGUGCCAGCACUAGUAGCCAUCAUUCUUUUGCGAUUUUCCAUACCGAACUUUUAAAGCAUUGGAAUUAUUCAGCAGAGUCAUGCCAAUCUUUGGUUAAUGUGGUUGUGGAAGCCGAUGAUCUCAAUAGACUUUUGGAAAUGAAUUUCACUGGUAUAUUGAAGAAGGGAUUUGUUUUGCAAUGGGAUGCACUUGCUUGUAGCAAGUGCCAGAGUAGUGGUGGGAGUUGUGGUUCUUAUAAUUAUGAAUUCGUCUGUUUUUGUGAUGAUCAUCUCCAUCACAGAACCUGUAAAGAUGCCUUAAGUGCAGCUACAGUCAGCGCCCUUGUUAUCUUCCUGAUUUUCUUUUUCUAUCACCGUCGACACAGAAAAUGUUAUGCUGCUUCGUCUUUCAUCUCUCAAGACGUGUCAUCUUAUCCCACUUCAGUGACAGAUCUUGAAAAGGCUGCAAAAUCAGGGUUGCCUACAUGGACUACGCGAAUGAGUAUUGCCAUAGAAACUGCAAGUGUAUUGGCAUACCUCCAUGCUUCGGAUGUUAUCCACCGAGAUGUCAAAACAAACAAUAUACUCUUAGACAACAAUUUCAGUGUCAAAGUAGCAGAUUUUGGGCUGUCACGUCUGUUCCCGACUGAUGUUAGUCAUGUCUCGACUGCUCCACAAGGAACUCCUGGAUAUGUAGACCCUGAGUAUCACCAGUGCUACCAGCUUACCGAUAAGAGUGAUGUUUAUAGUUUUGGGGUAGUCUUAAUUGAGCUUAUUUCAUCCAAACCUUCUCUAGAUAUCACAAGGCAUCGGCAUGAAAUCACCUUGUCCAACAUGGCUAUCAACAAAAUUCAAAAAAAUGCAUUGCAUGAGCUUGUGGAUCCAAGUCUUGGGUUUGAAUCGGACUGCAAGGUUAGGGAACUUAUAACUGACAUAGCAGAGCUGGCAUUUCAAUGUCUCAAAAAUGGGAGGGGAAUGAGGCCUUCUAUGAAAGAGGUUUUGGAGGUUCUAAAGGAAAUUCAGAGCAAGGAUUAUGGCAUACAAAAAACAGAGGGGGGUGGAAUAUCAAGCAGAUGA